GCGGGCGGACGGCGCCGCUCUCCCAGUCCGCAUUUGCCGCCUGCGCGCCGGCUGCCCGCAGUUCGCUGGGUCGGAGCCUCGGGACGCGGCCGGGCGGCAGCCGCAGCGCGCGCUCGCUCCAGGAUGUCGGGCUUCCUGGUGGAGCUGCUCGGCGAGAAGCUGGUGGCGGGCGGCGGCGAGGAGGUGGACGUGCACUCGCUGGGCGCCCGCGGGAUCUCCCUGCUCGGGCUCUACUUCGGCUGCAGCCUGAGCGCCCCCUGCGCGCAGCUCAGCGCCAGCCUGACCGCCUUCUACGGCCGCCUGCGGGGGGACGCGCCGGGCCCGGGGCCGGGCAGCGGGGGCGCCGCCGCCGCCGCCGCCGCCGAGCCGGAGCCCGAGCCCGAGCCGCGCCGCCGCCUCGAGAUCGUGUUCGUGUCUUCGGACCAGGACCAGCAGCAGUGGCAGGAGUUCGUGCGGGACAUGCCGUGGCUGGCGCUGCCCUACAAGGAGAAGCACCGGAAGCUUAAACUAUGGAACAAAUACCGAAUCUCCAACAUUCCGUCACUGAUCUUCAUCGAUGCUACCACGGGGAAGGUCGUGUGCAGAAAUGGGCUGCUGGUGAUCCGGGAUGACCCCGAAGGUAAGCCUGUGGGGGCCUCCUCUGUCCUUUCUCAGCCCUAUUUCCGCAACGGCCUGGAAAUUGGUGACCCACCUCUAACCCCUUCCCACCGGGCCUUAUGCAAGGGCCUUCCCCUGGGGACCUCCCGCCUCCGGGGGCGGGCCCCUGCCCGGAAAAGGGGCCCCGGGGGCGGCGGGGCCCCAGCCCGGGGCGGACUCCCGCCCCCGGAUGCCAUCCGGCCCAGUUUGGGCACCGCCCGGCAGCGGGGCAUCGGCCUUUCCCCGCCUGCAGAUGAGGAGCGGCAGCCCUUGCAAGUCCCGGGGCGCCCUGCCAGAAACAGCCGUCCCGGGAACAGCUGCCUGGAGGCCUCACGUGGGCGCCCGGCCCACUGGUGCCCGCCCUGCCGGAGCCUCACCCGGGUCCUGGUGGAGUCCUACCGGAAGAUCAAGGAGUCGGGGCAGAAGUUCGAGAUCAUCUUCGCCCCGCUCACGCGGGCCCUCUCCCAGGUCCGGGGACCCUUCCAGUAUUUCAGCGAGAUGCCCUGGCUCGCCGUCCCGUACGCCGACGAAGCCCGGAGGUCACGGCUCAACCGGCUCUACGGGAUCCAAGGCAUCCCCACGCUCAUCGUGCUGGACCCCCAGGGAGAGAUGAUCACGCGGCAGGGCCGGGUGGAGGUCCUGAAUGACGAGGACUGCCGAGAGUUCCCCUGGCACCCCAAGCCUGUGCUGGAGCUCUCUGACUCCAACGCCGUGCAGCUCAACGAGGGCCCCUGUCUCGUCCUCUUUGUGGAUUCCGAGGACGACGGUGAGUCUGACGCAGCCAAGCAACUCAUCCAGCCGAUCGCUGAGAAGAUCAUCGCCAAGUACAAGGCCAAGGAGGAGGAGGCCCCGCUCCUGUUCUUCGUGGCGGGAGAGGACGACAUGACCGACUCCCUGAGGGAUUACACCAACCUGCCCGAGGCCGCGCCCCUGCUCACCAUCCUGGACAUGUCGGCCCGGGCCAAGUACGUGAUGGACGUGGAGGAGAUCACGCCGGUCAUCGUGGAGGCCUUUGUGAACGACUUCCUAGCAGAGAAGCUCAAGCCAGAGCCCAUCUAAGGGGACCGGGGCCUCCCUGGACACUAUUUAAGACUCAGCCGCCUCCUCCCCCUUUACGCCCUUGGACUUUUCAGCUGUUUCUGACGCUCUCCUUCGCCCUCGUGUGUGAGCUCCUGGUGGUGCCUUUUUAAAGUUCUGAGGGGGGCGCCUCCUUCUCAGGGGCAAGAGUCCGUGUCUUGGAGACGGCUCCUGCUCCGCACUGACUCAUCUGGGCCAGAACGGGGAUUUUUACAGGGAAAUCCUGGCCGGGGUGCCCCCCCCCAGGUUAGGCAGCAAGCAGGCGGGUAAUUUGACCACAGUCCCUCUCCGGGCCCAGACCCGCUCGUGAGCACAUACCCAAGGACUCUCCGGGAGGCUGGCGGGUGGGGGUACUGGGUGUCGGUGCCCACCAUCAGUUAGGCUGGUCUUGGCUCGGGGAAGGGAGGUCACGGCUUCCUCAGGUCCUUCGGGUGCCGUCCUGAGCCAAGAGGGAACUCGGAGCCCCUCUCUUCUCUGCCCCCUCCCCCACCUUUAGGGCCCACCUUCUCCCAGGAACACCCCCGCUGCCUUUAGUCACACUCAUGGCCAUCCUGGUUCCUCGACCAAGGGCUUGUGCCGUCUGUCCUCAGAGGGGCCCGAGCCCUACGGCCAGGCCCCUGGCUAAGGUGGCACUGGAGAGCCCCCCCGGGGUGUCUGCUGGGACCCUCGGCUCCCACAAGAUGAAAAGCACAAGACAGAUCCCUUCCCGGAGGUGGUCUAGCAUAGCCCCCAUCCUUACAGGGGGAAACUGAGGCCCAUCUAGGCGGACUGACUUGCCAGAGCUCCCACAGGUAGUAAGUGGCAGAGCCAGGAUUUGAAUCCAGGUUCCCAGACUGAACCCAGCGUUAUUGCCCCCACAUCUUACCUCCCUCCCAUACCAGAAGGCAUCCAAAGGAGCAGUGUUCUCUGAAGCCAGGAGCUUGGGCCUAGAGCUGUGUCAGGCCUUCCCCGCCGUGGGCACGGACCGGCCUCUGGGAAAGGGCCCCCAGCCCCUUGGGGUGACUGCUCACAGGAAGACCCAGCUCCCUAAAGGAAGCUAUUGACUUUGCGCGCCCUUGCUGUGUUGUUUUGUUCAUGUAGUUCAAAGGGUAGGAAGUUAGUCUAAUGAUGGCCCAGGUCUGAGAUGCAGUCACUUAAAAAUAAAACAGGCACCUUUGGGUUUUUCA